AUGAGAGAAGAGGAGGUAGAGGUGGCUAUCAAAGUUGUUGUGGUAGGGAAUGGUGCCGUGGGAAAGUCCAGCAUGAUCCAGAGAUACUGCAAGGGCAUUUUCACCAGGGAUUACAAGAAGACUAUCGGAGUGGAUUUCUUGGAGCGACAGAUUGAGGUGGCAGGUGAGGAUGUGCGUCUCAUGUUAUGGGACACCGCUGGCCAGGAGGAGUUUGAUGCCAUCACCAAGGCUUACUACAGAGGAGCCCAGGCCUGUGUUCUGGUGUUCUCCACUGUCGACCGGGAAUCAUUUGAGUCUUUGGAGCUGUGGAAGAAAAAGGUUGAGGACGAGGUGGGAGAAAUCAUCAUGGUGAUUGUACAGAACAAGAUUGACCUCAUUGAUGACGCUCUAGUGCAGACCUCAGAAGCUGAAGAGCUCGCCAAGAAACUUCGACUGAGAUUUUACCCAGCUUCUGUGAAAGAUAACUUAAAUGUUGAGGAAGUUUUCAGGUACCUGGCCGGCAAGUACCUGGAGAGACUCAACACAGACAUUGAUGCAGAUGUGAGCACACAGAAAAUUGGUUUCAUGCAUAAUGGCCCGCUGAACCACGCCAGCGAGAAGCAUGCCAGGCAGACCAUCACCUUGCAGGCCAACAGGCGCAAAACAGCAGGCAAGAAACCCUUCUCCACAGCCAACCUGUGUCCCCCAGCCACCAUCAUCCCUCCCAUUCCAUCUCUAGUGGCUUGGUGUGGUUAA